AUGCUCGAGAGUUCUCGGCGAGAGAAGAGAGCCGGGAGGGAGGAAAAGGGCGACUGCCGGCGGGGCUGCCGAGGGGGAGCCGCCUCUCCCUCCGCCUCGGCAUCGCCCCCCGGCAGCCCUGGGUCGGCACCGGCCGCUCGGGGCACUGCGCCCGGGGCCCCUCGCUGCCGCACCGAAGCGGGCGGCGGCACGACCGGGGUUAGGCACAAGUCAGCAAAGGUCACCUCCGUGCCCUCACCCGCUCUCCGGCCACUCCCGGCCCCGGGGCAGCCCGGCCCCGGUCCCGGCAGGUCCCGGCCGUGCGGCAGCGCCGGGGCGGCUCGGGGACCCCCGCGCAGGGCCCGGCCCGGCCCGCGCUGGCCGCGGCAGCGCAGCGCUCCGCGGCUCCGGGAGCGCAGCCCGGCGGGCGGACGGACGGAGCUGCUGCCGCUUCGCCGCGCUCCGCAGGGGCAGCGGCCGCGCCGAGACCCCCGCCCGGCCCCUCCGCCCCCCGCUCACCUGGGGGUCCCGCUGCAGGCUCCCCGCGGACGGGGGAUCUGCGGCUUCGGGGGUCCCGCCGCGCCCCGUCCCUCUCCCAGGAUCCCGCUACGGACAAGCGCCCGCGGAGCCCUCACCUCAGCUCACCUCAGCUCACCCCACCGCCGGGGCCGCCCGGCCCCCCAAGAGCCGCGCCGCAGCCCCCCGCCGCCGCACCGCCCCAGCACGCCGGCACCCUCCUCCCCCGCCUCGGCUCCCCGCCCAGAGCAGACCCCGGGAAACGCCUACCGCAGCUCCUGCCCCGACCCCCGCCGCCAGCCAGGCGGCCCCCUCCCCCGGGACCCGCUGCCACCCCGCCCGCGGGGGCCCGCAGCCCUCGCCGAGCAGAAGCCGUCCCGCAGCGGCUGCGGACUGCAGCGCGGGGAGCCAGAAGGUGGACGGGAUUCCCCCUUGUAA